AUGCGCGUUCCUGACCUUAUCAGCGACGACAACGCAAUCUCGCAACGCACACGCCAACGUCACAGUACUUCGUCAACAGUGACAGCUGCACCUCCAGUUUCACAAGCAUCCCAGCAUGCAGUCGCUGCCCCUUCCCCUUCUUCAUCAGGUUCCAGGUCACCAGCGCAGGAGGAUCAAUCAUCUAUAUGGGGUCCACCUAAUAAGAAACGGCGUUUAACAACAUCAGCAACCCAUCUCACCCGGAGGAAACGCGCUGCAACAGCAUGCCAGUUCUGCCGUCUUCGCAAGACGAAAUGCGACAACGUCCGUCCUGUGUGUGGAUUCUGUCGACAUCACCAGGCGACCUGCGUCUACGGCGACCAAGAGGAAGACGACGGAGACAGAGUGUCUCAUGCUGCCAAGUUCCAAGAUGAAGGUAUUACGAGCUCAGUCAUCUUGGAAAGACUGGAUGAAAUCAAGCAUUUGCUGCAGAGACCAAGGACCCCUUUGAGGGAGCAACGGGCGUCGGUGGUAGUAGCUGCGGCAUCUCACGCGGAAAUCCCUCAGAGAGAUGGACUUGGAAUUCAUCGGAAUGGCAACGGCAGAGAGCUCCAUGGAUACUUAAUGGACGAUCAUGACCAGCACCGUGGAGAAACUUCCCGCACGCUGUACUCGGCUCUUCGUUGCGAGUCCAUGCUCCGGUGGCCCAUAUUCGGAGGCAUCAUAUCAGAAGAGGAUUCACGAAUAGAAUCCUUCAUUCUCGAAUUCGGUACCGAUGUGACCGACGAUGGCCUGAAUCACCCCAAUGACUCCUCCAUGAUCAACGGGUCAGGCAUCCAAGAAGAUGCAUUUGUCCCCCUUUGCCGAAAGUUUCUCACUCAUGUCCACCCCCGAAAUCCAAUACUCGAGGGCAACGAACUGAUAGCCUAUGCGAAACAGGCAACUGAACACGGCAUCAAAUGGGAUGCUCGCUCAUGUCUCGUACUCCUCGCCUGUGCCCUCGCAAGUCUGACGACCCCUUGGAUUCCUCCGCAAGAAACCACAUCCAACACCGAAACCGAUGUGGCAGAUAUUGCCCUCCCACCAAUACUAGAACCACAAGACUGCGGCACCGCAGAAGCGUACUACCUCGCAGCAUCCAAACGCAUCGGACUCUUAGGCCCCUCGAUCCUGGACAUCCAAUGCCUCUUCCUGGCCUCCAUGUACGAAAAGUGCCGCCUCCGGCCGAUGCGAGCCUGCUUCUACAUCCAGCAGGCCUCGACGCGCUUGCAGACUCACUUGCUCCGAAGAGGACGCCGGCCAUGGAAAGAGGCUAGCGGACGGGAGGAACCGACGCAGCCUCUUCAGCAGCGCGUGUUUUGGUCUUGCUUCAAGGCGGAGAACGAGAUCCUCCCGACUCUGGGUCUCCAACCAAGCGGUCUCGAGGACUUCACCUACCCAGACUCCUUCCCGGCGCCUCCCUCUGCGCUCUCCACGACGAGGACCAUCACCACCACCACCAGCGUCAACGAGACAUCCGCCAGCUCGUCAGAGUAUACCUGGUCCCCGACCCCAGACCCUCACCAGCGCCUGGAAGAAGAACGCAGCUGGCUCUACUACCUCGCCGAGAUCUCCCUCCGACGAACGAUCAAAAACACAAUGUCCGUGCUGUACCGCAAGGGUGAGGCGUACUGGCUGAGGAACGAGGGGUUAUUAGUCCGACAAUAUGAUGAGUUUGAAAAGGAGAUUUCGCAAUUGUGA